CGGGGGCGGCGCAGAGCAGCGCAGCGCAGCGCAGGGCAGCGGCGGCCGGGCGCGGAGCUGCAGCGGGGCGGCCGCGGCAGGGCUGGGCAGGAAAUACUGGAUAGAUCCCACAAUGGAGGACGGGAAGCCCGUUUGGGCUCCACACCCAACUGAUGGGUUUCAGAUGGGCGUGAUUGCGGACAUUGGUACUGAAUACUUAACUAUUGAGCCUCUGAAUCAGAAAGGCAAGACUUUUCAGGCUGCUAUCAAUCAAGUGUUUCCUGCUGAAGAGGACAGCAAAAAGGAUGUGGAAGAUAAUUGUUCCCUGAUGUAUUUAAAUGAAGCCACUCUCCUUCACAAUAUCAAGGUUCGGUACAGUAAGGACAGAAUUUAUACAUACGUAGCCAACAUUCUCAUUGCAGUGAAUCCGUAUUUUGAUAUACCCAAGUUUUAUACUUCAGAUACUAUUAAAAAGUACCAGGGUAGAUCACUUGGGACGUUGCCACCACAUGUUUUUGCUAUUGCUGAUAAAGCAUACCGUGAUAUGAAAGUACUCAAGAUGAGUCAGUCCAUCAUAGUUUCUGGAGAAUCAGGAGCUGGCAAGACAGAAAACACUAAAUUUGUUUUAAGGUAUUUGACAGAGUCUUAUGGUACUGGCCAAGACAUUGAUGAUAGAAUUGUAGAAGCAAAUCCACUACUGGAAGCCUUUGGAAAUGCAAAGACUAUUCGCAACAACAAUAGUAGUCGUUUUGGGAAAUUUGUGGAAAUUCACUUCAAUGAAAAGAACUCCGUGGUUGGUGGAUUUGUAUCACAUUAUCUUCUGGAGAAAUCUAGGAUCUGUGUGCAAGGCAAAGAAGAGAGGAAUUACCAUAUCUUUUACAGGCUUUGUGCUGGUGCUCCAGAAGACAUUAGGGAAAAACUGUAUCUAAGUUCUCCUGACAGCUUUAGGUAUUUAAAUCGGGGCUGUACCAGGUACUUUGCUAAUAAAGAAACAGACAAGCAGAUUUUGCAAAAUCGCAAGAGUCCUGAGUAUCUUAAGGCAGGUUCCUUGAAGGACCCACUCUUAGAUGAUCACGGAGAUUUCAACAGAAUGUGCACAGCAAUGAAGAAGAUUGGACUGGAUGAUGCAGAAAAACUUGAUCUUUUUAGAGUAGUGGCUGGUGUCCUUCAUCUUGGAAAUAUUGAUUUUGAGGAAGCUGGGAGCACUUCAGGGGGCUGCACGCUGAAGGCACGGAGCCAGACGGCGCUGGAGUGCUGCGCGGCGCUGCUGGGGCUGGACGAGGACGACCUGCGCGGCAGCCUGACCACCCGCGUCAUGCUCACCACGGCGGGGGGCGCCAAAGGCACGGUCAUCAAGGUACCCUUGAAAGUAGAACAAGCAAACAAUGCUCGUGAUGCCUUGGCUAAAACGGUGUAUAGUCAUCUCUUUGACCAUGUGGUGAACAGGGUAAACCAGUGUUUUCCAUUUGAGACUUCUUCUUUCUUCAUUGGAGUUCUAGAUAUAGCUGGUUUUGAAUACUUUGAACACAACAGUUUUGAACAAUUCUGUAUCAACUACUGUAAUGAAAAACUGCAGCAAUUUUUUAAUGAAAGAAUUCUGAAAGAGGAACAAGAACUUUACCAGAAAGAAGGCCUGGGGGUUAAUGAAGUGCGCUAUGUAGAUAAUCAGGACUGUAUAGAUUUGAUUGAAGCAAAAUUAAUAGGUGUGCUGGAUAUUUUGGAUGAAGAAAAUCGUCUUCCCCAGCCAAGCGACCAGCAUUUUACUUCAGUUGUGCACCAAAAACACAAGGACCAUUUCAGACUCUCUAUCCCUAGAAAGUCUAAACUGGCUGUUCACAGAAAUAUCAGAGAUGAUGAAGGCUUUAUUAUCCGGCAUUUUGCGGGAGCAGUAUGCUACGAGACGACACAAUUUGUGGAAAAAAAUAAUGAUGCUUUGCACAUGUCCCUUGAAUCUCUAAUAUGUGAAUCCAAGGACAAGUUUGUUCGACAGCUGUUUGAAUCUAACACUAACAACAACAAGGAUCCCAAACAAAAAGCUGGAAAACUUAGUUUCAUCAGUGUGGGAAACAAAUUCAAGACUCAGUUAAAUUUGCUUCUUGAGAAGCUUCACAGUACUGGAUCUAGCUUUAUUCGCUGCAUCAAACCUAACUUAAAGAUGACAAGUCACCAUUUUGAAGGGGGGCAGAUCCUCUCUCAGCUUCAAUGUUCAGGAAUGGUGUCUGUUCUGGACUUGAUGCAAGGUGGUUUCCCUUCGCGAGCUUCAUUUCAUGAACUGUAUAACAUGUACAAGAAAUACUUGCCUGAAAAAUUGGCACGACUGGAUCCUAGACUCUUCUGCAAGGCACUGUUUAAAGCUUUGGGACUGAAUGAAGUUGAUUACAAAUUUGGAUUAACCAAGGUGUUUUUCAGACCCGGCAAGUUUGCAGAGUUUGACCAGAUAAUGAAGUCUGAUCCGGAUCACUUAGCAGAGCUAGUUAAACGAGUGAAUCACUGGCUUAUCUGCAGUCGUUGGAAAAAAGUUCAAUGGUGUUCACUCUCAGUGAUCAAAUUGAAAAAUAAGAUAAAAUAUAGAGCCAGUGCCUGCAUCAAAAUACAAAAGACUAUUCGUAUGUGGCUUUGCAAGAGAAAACACAAACCACGCAUUGAUGGUCUGAUAAAGGUGCGUACACUGAAAAAGAGACUUGAUAAGUUCAAUGAAGUAGUAAGUGCUCUGAAGGAGGGAAAAGCAGAAACAAGCAAGCAGAUCAAGGAGCUGGAAUAUUCUAUUGAUGCUUCGAUGAACAAAAUUAAGACCACAAUGAUGACUAGAGAACAGAUCAUGAAAGAAUAUGAUGCUCUAGUUAGAAGCUCAGAGCAGCUUCUGAGUGCGCUGCAAAAGAAGAAACAGCAAGAGGAGGAAGCAGAGAGGCUACGACGCAUCCAAGAGGAAAUGGAAAAAGAACGAAAAAGACGUGAAGAGGAAGAGCAGCGCCGAAGGAAGGAAGAAGAAGAAAGGCGUCUGAAAUCUGAGAUUGAGGCAAAGAGAAAACAGGAAGAGGAAGAAAGGAAAAAGAGGGAAGAGGAAGAAAAGCGUAUUCAGGCUGAAAUUGAGGCUCAGCUAGCUAGAGAACGAGAAGAGGAAACCCAGCACCAGGCAGUUCUUGAACAGGAACGUCGUGAUCGUGAACUUGCAAUGAGAAUUGCCCAGACUGGAGCAGAACUCAGCACUGAAGAGACAAAGUUUGAUGUAGGAUUGUGCAGAGCCAAUGGAACAGAGCCUCGAAUGACGGAGCAACAAAUGGCCAAUGAAGUGUCACAAAUAUUGCCUAGAGCCAAUGGAACAGAGCCUCGAAUGACAGAGCAACAAAUGUUCAGUGAAAUGUCAGAAGUAUUGUCUAGAGGUCCUCAAGUUCAAGCUACAAAAGCUGCUGCUGGUAAUAAGAAGUAUGAUCUGAGUAAAUGGAAAUAUGCAGAGCUUCGUGACACCAUCAAUACAUCUUGUGAUAUCGAACUGCUCGCGGCUUGCAGGGAAGAGUUUCAUAGAAGGCUAAAGGUGUAUCAUGCUUGGAAAUCCAAGAACAAGAAACGCAAUGCAGAAACAGAACAACGUGCUCCCAAAUCAGUCACAGACUAUGAUUUUGCACCAUUUUUGAACAACUCACCUCAACAGAACCUGACAACCCUACAAGCCAGGCAGAAGGAGAUCGAAAUAAACAGACAACAGCGUUACUUUCGCAUUCCCUUCAUUCGUCCCAUGGACCAAUACAAAGACCCCCAGAACAAGAAGAAGGGUUGGUGGUAUGCACACUUUGAUGGGCCAUGGAUUGCUCGACAAAUGGAACUUCAUCCUGACAAGGCACCCAUUCUCCUUGUAGCUGGUAAGGAUGAUAUGGAUAUGUGCGAGCUUAAUCUUGAAGAGACUGGCUUAACUCGAAAGCGAGGUGCUGAAAUUUUGUCAAGACAGUUUGAAGAAAUUUGGGAGCGCUGUGGAGGUAUCCAGUAUCUUCAAAAAGCAAUUGCAAGCAGACAAGCUCGUCCUACGUAUGCUACAGCUAUGCUGCAGAACCUAUUGGAAUAAGUGGUCAUUUUGCACAGUAGUAUUUGAGAUGAGAACCCUUGUCCGUGAUACAAAGGGAAGAGUUCCUCUAUGCAGCAGAGGACGUAAACGUUCUAUAAUCAUAUUAGAGAUGUUUAAUAUAAAGUGAACAGAUUUUAUUAAUCAUGUGGUUUGUUAAUUUGUAAUGUAUGAUGUUUAAUUUGGGUAGAGAGCCUUACUAGGUAUGAGGACCCUGAAGAAUUUUCAGUCAGUGUAGUUGUUGCAUUUUGUUUAUACGUUGCAUUUUCUUUAACAGUUUCUGUUACUACUCUUAACACUUCUAAGUAAUCUAUCUGUACUUGAGUACAUAGCACAAAGAACUGCAUUGCAACCACCUUUUGAUAAAAUCUCUUAUUCAAAACACUAAAUAGUUGGUUUUAGGUGGUGGCUUACUAAAGAGGAUAUGCUGUAUCUCUUAACUGGAAUUGUGAGGCCUUAGCUUUGACUUCUGUUCUGGAGAAGUUGGAGUAUUCUUUUAUAUAAUCUGAGACAUUUUAUGUCCUGAUUUUGAAAACUGGUUAGUGUCUGUAUUUACUGACUUCUUCUGAAACUGAUGGGAAAUCCUCCUACACUUGAGACUCAUAAAUUCCUACUUAAUGCACUCUCUGUCUUGGGUUAAAAGAAAUGUUUUUCUAUAUGUUCUGAGAAGAGCAUUAUAUAUGUCAAUAUUAUGUAAUAUUGUACACAAAGAAUGUACUGCUCAUUAGGGCUUAUACCACUUCUCUCAGUUUCUUUUCCUUUUCUUUCUUUCUUACCUUUUUUUUCCUUCUUCUUCUUUUUUUUUUUUUUUUUUUUCUUUUUCAAGUACAGGUCUCCUUUAGACUUUUAUUUUUCUGACCAAAUUUGUAUUAGGAAAUUUGUCCGUUCUUGGACAAUUCACUUAGCCAUGUAGUGUAAUUUAAAUAUUGUAUGCAAAAUUGUCCAAGAUUUAUAUCUGGAGGCAUAUAAGAUUAAGGAUAGCAUAAGGGAAAUAUGUUCAGCUUAUGGGUGGUGAUAUAAUUUAAUUAAACAUUGAGACCUGAUCCUCAGAUGUCCUGUAUAUUAUAACUGUAAUGAGAUGCACAAGGUCUGUACCUUUUGUUAGACUGUAUAAAAAUUUGGUCCAGUAACAUAAUGCAUCAUUUAUAUGCCAUGUGCUGCUGAAUUAGCUACAAUUUUUAGUAUUCUGGAAUAUUGUAGUGAUUCAGGCACUGAUCUUUAUCUCAAUUUUCUCUGUCAAGUGUCCUAGCUUAUAACAGUUCCUUAAUCAAGCAAUUAGAGAUUUUGUGGAUAGAAAUUAUUAAUUUCCUACAGUUUUAAGGUGUGUCUUGUUCACUUAUGUGAGUGUUUCAGCGUGCUGGCCAUUAUUUCAACAAAUUAAGCUUGAUUAUGUAUUUUAUCUCUCUGAUAAGAAUUGCAAAUACAAGUAACUUGAUGUCUAAUUACUUAUUCAACCUGGUUUAAAAAUGAGGGCUUGAGAUAUAAAUUGGCAAAGAUUUCUCACACUGCAAAAUUAUUUCCUUUCAUUUUACUAUGUUUGAAACUUUUUGGAAAAAGUUAAAAAAAUUAGUUUUUAAAUACAUAAAUAUACGUAGUAACUUCCAAGUUAUUAACAGUUUGUACAUAGAGAAAACUCAUGAUGCAUACAUUCUUUCUGACCAUAGAUUGUGCUUACAUGCCUUUGUCUAAGUUCACUCCUUGCUGGAAUACACGUGAAGAUGUGUGAGUAGUACAUUAACUUGGUAUGAAUUAGCUACAUCAGGGAAUCUCAGCUUCCACUGCAUACCCACUCUGCUUUUUGGUCUUGCGAUUCCGAACUGGAAAACGUUUUCAUUUUACCCAAAAAAAGCCCUCUUCACCGAAGCAGUAAUUUUUGCCUGGAAGAUGAAAGAAGUGCAUCAUACUGCUGGCUAGCUAGCUGUGUGCAGACCUAUUCAACAUGUAAAGGUGAUGUUACGAAAUUUAGGUUACUGGUUUAACGUGUUAGUGGAUUGGAAUAAAGGUUUCAGAAAUCCUGGUCUCCAGAAACUUAGCACUGCAGAAAGCUUUGGCCAUUUAUGUGAUACAAGGAAAAGAAAAUCACUGAACUGAUAGUGGUGAGAAGCCCUACUCUAUAUUUAUUACUGUCUGGAUUUAAAUUCUUGACUUACCAUGUUUGGUCUCAGUUUAUAUAUGUAAAGCAGAUCUUAUGAGACUGAACACUAAGCAAAGAACCUCAUACUUAAGUGUAUGUGUGUACGGGUGUAUGUAUAUACACAUAUAUAUACUUAUGUAUGUGUGUAUAUAUAUAUGUAUGUAAACAUAACUGUGGGGAACUUAAAAUAAAUAAAAUCAUUAAUGUAAUUUUUCCAUUUUUUCCUUUCAUUAUGCCAGUGUUUCCUUGAUGCAGGCUGUUCUGAGACACUAAGUUAUCUACAGACUGGUAUCAGAAGGAAACUUUAUUUUUCACAUUGGGUUCUCUGGGAAGUCUUGUUAGCUAAAUGGGAAAUAUUAGCUGUGAGGGAAAUUAAAAUUUGAAAUAGUGGAAGAGGAACUGGUGGCUGGAUAUUUUCAACUGACAUGUUCCCACUUUUCUGCAUUGCUCCAGCAGUAUGCCUGAGGCAACCAGAAGACACAUUCCAAAAAUCAGGGUAUUCUAGUUUGCACAGUAGCAUACCUUUUUUCUUCUAUAUCAAAACCAUCUGAUUGUAGUUUUGCUGAUCUUUUUGUGCAACAAAAGUAAUUUUUGGUUCACUUCAGAACUAUUUUUUUUUUUUUACGUGUGGCAAUAUUCAUCUGCUUUUACAGAUUUUCUCCAUUGUCUCAUCUACUGUGUCAGUGAUACUGUUGGUUGAUUUGGAGUCAAUCUCUGAUCUCAGGGAUUGUGGUAUUAUCUUAAUGCCCUUCUGAUCUACAAUUACACAGAAAAAAAAUAUGUUUCUGAAGCAAAAUGCUAAACUCUUUGUCUUAGUUCUGUGUUUUUUGUUUUUUUUUUUUUUUUUUUGUAAACAUUUCUUCCUGCCUCUCGGUGUAGCUCUUCAUUGUAGUUGAGAUCUUCUCCAUGAAACACUCCAGAAUUAAAAGGAGAGAAAGAGAAUCACCAUGCUAGGCUACAUUCCUGACUAGCUGACCAGUAAUAUAAAUUUUCUAGAGAAUGCUACUCAAGGUUCAUAAGGUCUUUCACCCACUGAUGAGACCGGUUUCCUUUUUGUAGUAGAAGCCUGUUUUUGUUUGUUUUUUUUCCCCGAAAAUAUUUUUAAAGUAUUUAAAUGACCUUCUAAUACUGUACUGAAAAUUUAAAUAAAUAAAUACAUUCCAUGUUGAAAUCUCA